AUGCAGACUUUCUUCCCCUUGUGCGCAUGAUCAGAAAAUCGGCGUGAUUCCGAUCAACUUAAUACUCUCUUCACGAAUGAGAUAACAGGAUCUUCUUCACGAAAACGCACUUGCCAUUGCCGUCUUUCGUCUGUCUGAGUCGCCAAAAAGGAGAUCACUUUCUACUCAAAUAACAGUUUUUAUUUCUUCACACUGGCAAUUACAGGAUAAAUAUGGACUGGACAAAAACUGUUGCUCGACGUUAGGAAAUCUCCAUUUAUCAUAUUGGAAGGAUAUAAAACAAAUUGUGUAACAUCGAUCAGACUUGAGGAUUUAUCUGUCAUCAGUCCCGCGCAACUAUAUUAAGGAAAUGCACUGUUGAAAGUUUGUAAGCAUGGUCAGAAUGGGGAUAUAUGGAAUAUCAAAACUCUCCCUUCUGGGUGGGAUACUCAGCCUCAUACUCUUUCAAAUUGAAGCAGCUGACAAACCAUCAAAGUCGUCGGAUUCAGUAUGGUCAUCGACGACAAACCUACGACAAGAAACAUUACAGGGGGCUUCAGCAAUACACACAGCAACUCAUUUAUCAAGUCAAAGAACUCAGUCAUUACCAAGAAGAGAUGAAGAAUGGCAAGUGAAUGACGAAAUCUUACAAACUGUUGAUAACAACAGAUUAAAACAAUUACAAGAUGUUAUAUCAGAUAUUUAUUUUAAAAAAUCACCACGUGUUUCAACUGCUGCAACACCUAAAGAAUUGUUAACUGAAGUUCCAAGAUAUGCAACGACAGAAACAUCUUCUAAAGACUAUAUAACAGAAACAGACUUAAGAGCCAAAUUUGGGACAACGGUGAACGUUGAAAGUUUAACGAAAGUUAAUUCAAACAUUCAAACUACGACAUCGUCCGAAACGCUGACGGAAGGCAAUCAGAAAUAUUUAAUGGCCACAGAAAAACCUGAAGCUGAAAUUCUCACUGAACAUCCUUCAUUUACGACAUCGGGAUUGACAACGGAAGAGGCAGAGACUUUCACAGUUUCAUCAGCGACGCAACAGCCAAAAGUCGAAGAUCUUGCGACAGAAGCAAAUUUGAAGUCAAGAACGACAGCCUCUUUUUACCCUGAGGUGGUCACUGAAGGAGAACAGAAAACGGAAUCCUCAACAGCCAAGUCAGCUAUUUCAGAUCAUGUUACUAUCGCAGACAGUACUGACAGCGUGUUGCAAAGUGAUUUUGGUGUAGAGCAUUCUUCAAGAACUGAUGAAUCGGGAAAGAAAGAAGACGAUGAAGAAUUCACCACCAGUGAUGAAGCCAUAAUAGACUCGACAAAUUCCCCAUUUCCAGUCGAUUUAGUUCUUCCUGUCGGAGAUGCCCCGGCGCAUGAGGAUCAAGAAAAUAAAGCUGAUGUUGUGAAUGAGGGUGAAGACAACGCCAUCCAUGUUCUACAGCGGCCAGCUACCGCCACUGACGGUCCAAGUUCUGUUAACAACAUUGGUGCAAUGCCACAUCACCCUCAGACAACACCCAAUGCUGUACGCAAUGCGCAAAAAGUGUUAAGGAAAGGACAGGAAAGUGAAAGUACCACGACAUCAGAAUUGUUGGAUAAGGUCGUCACUGUUGUUUCCAUGACGGGAGAUGAGGUGACCAAGGUCAGAAGUUCCACUGAACCGGAUGUCCAGGUUGUGACAGAGAGAAUUUCAGGAUCUACUACAGCUGAGACUCUUGACGAAAAAUUAUCUGGAUUCUUUCGAUGCGCUGAUGGUACACUUAUCGACAUUGCAUCUCACUGCGACAAGAAGGCUGAUUGCCCCGACUAUUCUGAUGAGGAUUCUUGUAAUGCCGAUGAGAAGGCGAGCCUGACCAAUGAGAUUCAUCGACCCUUAUUCAAUUGGAACGACGUAGCCUCGAAAGGGUCACGUGAUGACCCACUGAUCUCAUUGGACGAUUCAAACGCUGGUGUGAUGGAAAUGGAACAGAGUAGAACUGAGGCACCACUUACGUUUCGUUGUGAGGAAGGAGGCCUUGUCAUUCCAAUUUCUGCUCUUUGUGACAAGAGAAUCGACUGUCCUGACGAAUCCGAUGAGUACAGCUGUGAUGGCAAAAAGUACGUGACUGAAGCUCCCACAACCGUGGAAACCUCGACAAAACAAUGGACAAUGGAGCCGAAGUUUGGAAAUUCACCAACUAUAGAGAUUCUGAACGAGGAGAAUGAAGAGACCGAGUUCUUCCGAUGCCUGGAUGGUAGUGCGGUUAUUCCCAUGAGAUCUGUGUGUGAUAAGAAGUGGGAUUGUGAGGAUUUCUCUGACGAAGACGAAUGUGAUUCGAAAGGUAAACUGCCUGGUGUCAAACCAAACAAGACCAAGCCAGGAUUACCUUGGGCGAAUCCUAAACCUCCUGCACAUCUUCCAAAUAGGGAACAGAACAUGGUUGUCCAAGAAAUAUCGGAUGAAAAGGGUGCUCUUCCAGAAUUCUGGCAGUGUGAGAACGGUAACUACAUCUUCAUAAGCUCAGUCUGUGACAAGAAAGAUGACUGUGGUGACUUUUCAGAUGAAGAUGACUGCAAAGGAAACCGGAAAGUUCCCGUCUCUGAAGCCCCAGAUGUUAACAAAAUUGUAACAACAAUGUCGCCAUUAUCCAACGUAUCAGAAAGCGGAACACUUGCCACGACCACAUACAUGUCAACAACCGUCAAAUCAACGGCGGCAUCUCUCACUCUCUUUCAAGUCGAUGAUGUGAAGUCAUGGUCACAAGGGGUCACUCCUUCUAUGGAUAUCGUUGAAGAGAAUUAUCCUGUAGCAAUGUUUCAAUGCGAUAAUGGUCAACAAGUUGAAGCGGUCAAAGUCUGUGAUCGCAAUGUAGACUGUGAUGAUGGUUCCGACGAAGACGAUUGUUACGAUUGGAUGGAGGAACCUGGCACGAAGUUGAGAUUUGCUAGAGAAGCUGGAUCCGGAACUGGUCCAACGCCAGUCGUUUGUGGUGAUGGAUAUUUUCAAUGCAUUGAUUGUACUUGUAUUCCUCUGAAUCUCACUUGCAAUGGUAUCAACAACUGUGCAGAAGGAGAGGAUGAGGACACAGCUUCAAUAUGCAGUGAUUCCUGUGAAUUAGUCAUUACUCCUGAAAGUCGUCUUCGAUUGGUUUCUAUGGUUCCACAAGCUCGUUACCAGAAUGGAACAAUCUUGACACUAGGAUGUAUUGGUGGUUUCACUCUUGUUGGAGACCCUGAUGUCACUUGCAUAGAGACGGCAUUCUCUGCAUUUCCAACUUGCUACCAAAACUGCCUUAUAGAUAGUCGACCUCAAUUAAUCUGUAGCUCAAAUGAUGUUAUACAUGGUGCUAGCCCCGACUGCAGGUGUGAUGCUGGAUACAAUUUGGAAAUUCCAAUGGCAGAUAUUACAUGCAGAAAUAGUAUCUUUGAUCCUCAACAUCCACAGUGUGAAGAAACAAAUGAGUGCCUGCUGACUGUUUCACCAUGCAGUAGUAACGCAGAAUGUUUCAACAUGCCACUAGGGAGCUUCUUAUGUAUUUGCAACCCAGGAUACACAGGCAAUGGAACAUACUGUGAAGAUAUUGAUGAGUGUGCAACAGGGAGCAACACGUGCGAUGAAGAUGCAACAUGUACAAAUACACAGGGAUCUUAUACAUGUGGAUGUAACUCUGGUUUUGAGGGAGACGGUGUGACGUGCAUAGAACUCAUUUACUAUAACUAUGGUCCUGAUGCUGGUGAUAGUGAGUUGGCAUCAACUGCUGGUUUCUCCUUCGCCAGUGGGUAUAGUGUAUCUGGAGCAAUAGCACGAAUGCAGUAUAUUCCUAUUGGUGAUCAGCUCUUCAAUUAUAUCUUUCUCACCAACAGCGGGGGUAUUGCAUUUUCGAAUGAAGAGGAUACGGACUUGUCUCAGUUCACCCAUCCAUCACCCUUCACUGACAAUGCCAACAAUUCCUCUAUGUCAGCAGUGUACGUUUAUGGUAUUGAGGCUCGAACUGACCAAGCAGACUCUGGUGUCUAUUAUCAAAUAUAUGAGAGUACAGCCACAGAUGCUUCAACAAUGCAACUUUUGGCUAAUGUAUCUACGCAGGUCAACAGUGCUGCAAGUUUCUCUGAUUAUGUUGCUAAAUGGGCUAUGGUCAUCACUUGGGUUAAUUUCAGACGGUUUUUAACUGCAGCAGACUCUGUCGAGACCAACACCUUUCAGGCAGUUCUGACAACAGAUGGGGCUAAUACUUACAUACUACAACUAUAUCAAGAAAAUUCUUUGUUGUGGGAUGCAGGCCAGUUAGCUGUAGAUGAAAUCCCAGUCAUAGGCUAUCGAACACCAUCAAGUUUCUAUGACCUGAUGUCAUCAGAUUCCUACACGCGCAGCAUGAUGUAUCGACCUGAUACUCUUACUGGUAAUAUAGAAGCCAGUGGGAUGGCCCAACUUGGACAGUUUGUCUUUCGAUUGGAUACAAAUCCAGCUGGUUAUAUCAAUCCAGCAGAAUUCUGUCAGAACUGGUAUGAUACUUCUUCAACAGUUUCUUCAAAUUUGGACUGUCCUUGUACAUUUGCACAAGCUGUCAGGGAUUUCAGAUACAGACGAUGUAUUGCCUAUUCCCCUGAUGCUCAGUAUCCUUCCAUUGAUGCCUACCCAAGUACAGGCUAUUUAUGUAGACAGCGAUCUCGCCGAUCCCGCAUUGGACCCCGUUGUACAUACAAUCAAAAUGGUACUUUGUUUAUUGGAUAUGAAUCCAUGUGGGAAGGUAGCAAUGUGCAGGAUACCGUGGCUUCUCGUUUUUUUAGCACCUCCUCAAACCCUUAUCAGAGUUGGGUCGAAAAUGAUGUCUUGCCCCGGCAUUUCUGUUGUAGUCAGUUACCCAAUGUUAAUUACUGUAACCUGUAUCAAGAAAGACGACCUUCUCGGGAUUGUUCUAAUUAUCGUGCCCCAUUUCAAGGUUGGGGUGCAGGAGAUCCUCAUAUUACUACCCCUGAUGGGGCUAAUUAUACCUUUAACGGCCUGGGGGAGUACUGGCUGACACGUAUUGAUUCUACAGGCUUUAAACUCCAAGGUCGGACAGAGAGAACCUUUGAUGAUAAUGGGAAUCUAACUGACACUGGAACAGUCUUCACAUCAGUUGCAGCCGAACAGGAUGCUACAAGGGUUCAAUUUGAUCUGAAUGCAGACAGGACUCAAUUGAGUAUCUUAAUCAAUGGCACUGAGGCUACCAUUGCAGAUAUACAGACAGGUCAAUAUGAAUCUUCAGAUCCAUCAUUUGACCUUAGAUAUUCAGGAAACAGAUAUCAAGCCUUGUUUACAGACAGUUCUGAUAGAGAGAUGUCUUUUAGCAUUGGCGUCAGUCAAAACAUGAUAGAUUUGUCCAUCCAGGUUCCAGCUGAUUACGUUGAUGGAAGAACACGUGGCUUGUAUGGUGUGGUAGAUGGCGAUUCCAGCAAUGAUUUCACGGACCCUGAUGGCACAGUUUUGACAAAUCCUAAUGAUGACGCUAUAUUUCAGUAUGGUCAAUCAUGGAAAAUAGAAUCUUCUGCAUCAUUAUUCACGUACCAGAGUCCUAAUACAUAUGACACGUACAACAACAAUAACUUUCAACCAAUGACCAUCACUGAACUCAUGGCGUCUGCAAAUCCAACAACAUUAAACGCCGUCUUGUCCAGCUGCUCUGGGGAUAACACUUGUAUAUUUGAUGCCUUGGCUACAAAUGAUAUUGCCGUUGGUACCAACACAAUGAUGAUUGGAAUGGACAACAUGCAGCAAGUUGUUGAGCUAGAAAGCUAUUCUCCUAUUCUUGGAAAUUUGACAGAGAUGAACCCAAGUGGAGAUUACCCAGCUAUUAAUGGAGAUGGUGUGGUCAAUGUAAUUGUUAAUCGUACCUACACUUUUCAGAUAACAGCUACAGACCAAAACAAUGAUGUUAUUACCUACAGUCUUACGGGCAAUGUCCCAUCCAGUGCUUCUAUAGAUAGCUCAACCGGCAUGAUCACUUGGACACCAGCAAAUACCGAUCCAGCUGUGAUAGAGAUAAGGGCCACUGAUGGUACUGGUCUUUAUGGUGCUCUUCAACUUUUGAUUGUUGUUUGCGGAUGUCAGAAUGAGGGAGUUUGCAAUUUCAACGACAUCAUGGCUGGCGACGAUCUCAACAAUAAUAAAUUUGCUGUUGCCCAAUGCAUGUGCCAAGCUAAUGGUUAUAGUGGACCAUUUUGUGAGAAUGACAAAGAUUCUUGUCAGUUUGUUAAUUGCUACCCUGGUGUAACAUGUAUUGAUCUGCCUCCCCCAAGUGAGGUCCCCACAUGUGCUGACUGCCCCCCAAGCCUAACAGGAGAUGGAUUCCAAUGUUCUGAUUUGGAUGAGUGUAUGUCUGAUACUACAAAUGAUUGCGGUACCCAGGCAAAGUGUGAAAAUAACGUUGGCUCAUAUUCUUGCUCGUGUAACACUGGAUAUAGUUUACAACCCAACCAGAGAGACUGCAUUGAUGUUGACGAAUGCGAAAGUGGAAUAGAUGCAUGUGAUGAGAACUCUGUUUGUGUUAACAAUAAUGGAUCUUAUUUCUGCGUCUGUAAUGAUGGAUACCAGCUCCAAUCAGACAACAGAACAUGCAGUGAUAUUGAUGAGUGUAAUGGUAUGCCGUGUGGCCUCCAUGCUGAUUGUGCCAAUGUUAUUGGUUCAUAUACCUGCUCUUGUCAGAGUGGAUACAUUGGUGACGGCAGAGAUAACUGCACUGAUUAUGAUGAGUGUUUCAACCCAAGCGAUAAUGAAUGUGAUGAUUUAGCUAUCUGUGACAACAAAGAUGGAUACUAUACGUGUACUUGCCAAUUAGGAUAUGAGGACAAGAACAGCACCAGUAACCCAGGUCAGAACUGCACUGAUAUUGAUGAGUGUUUAGCAGGACAGGACAGUUGCAGUCAAUAUGCCAUCUGUAUAAACAUCGAAGGAAGUUUCAUGUGUGAAUGUAGGCAAGGUUACAAUGGAGAUGGCAACACUUGUGUAGAUAAUGAUGAAUGUCUGGAUCCCUCCGAAAACGACUGUGAUGCGAAUGCUGCGUGUUCCAAUACAGCUGGAUCAUUCUCAUGUGCAUGUAAUGCAGGAUUUACAGGGAAUGGAACAUACUGUCAAGAUAUUGAUGAGUGCAAUUCAAGUCCACCGGUGUGUCAUGGAAAUGCUAAAUGUACUAAUACUGAAGGAACAUAUAGAUGUUCUUGUAAUGAAGGGUAUACUGGAGAUGGAGUAACAUGCAAUGAUAUCAAUGAGUGUGACGAACAGAUUGAUAACUGCACUCAGGUGUGUAAUAAUAAUGAUGGAUCCUUUACUUGUAGCUGCAAUCAAGGAUUUAUGUUGAAUACAGAAGAUCAAGUCACCUGUGAUGUGGCUGUUGCAGUGGCAUGUAAUGCUGAACUGGAUCCUUGUACAGGAGGUGGAAUAUGUAUGAAUUCCACAGGUCUACUUAAUUGUACUUGUCCAAGAGGAUUUGAUAACUUCAAUGAUACCCACUGUGAAGAUAUUAAUGAAUGUUCUGAUAAUACUACAAACAAUUGCGACCCAUCAGUCGGUGUCUGUUCUAACAAAGAAGGUGGAUACACGUGCUCCUGCAUGGAUGGGUACAUGCUUGAUGUGAAUGAUAGAGAUUGUCGAGAUAUCAAUGAAUGUGAGACAGAGAGUAAUGACUGUUCUGUGGAUGCUGUGUGCAAUAACUUGCCUGGCUCAUUCACCUGCACUUGUAAUGCUGGAUACAUGGGAGAUGGAACUAAUUGCACAGAUAUUGAUGAAUGCCAGGAUAGUUCCAUUUGUGGAGAAAAUAGUGAAUGUGAAAACACUGCAGGUUCAUACAUGUGCCAAUGCUCCCCUGGGUAUUUAGCAGGAGGACCCAACUCGACUUGUCAAGAUAUGAAUGAAUGUGUUUCUAUGCCAUGUCAUGCCAAUGCUAAUUGCAGCAACAAUAUAGGAUCCUAUGUAUGUACCUGUCUUCAAGGUUUCACUGGUGAUGGAUCUAGUUGUGAAGAUGUCAACGAGUGCAAUGACACCAGCCUGUGCACAAACAGUAGGUGUGAGAAUUUUGUUGGUUCGUAUACCUGCAUCUGUAAUGAUGGUUACCGUGGUGACGGAACAGAUGAUUGUGUGGACAUAGACGAGUGUUUGGAUAAUCCAGAUAGCUGUCAUCUUCGAGCUACGUGUAGCAACACGGAUGGUUCUUACACAUGUACGUGCAAUGCAGGAUAUGAAGGAAAUGGCACCUAUUGCACAAAUAUAAAUGAGUGUGAAGAUGGUCCGAUUGAUUGUGAUUUCAACUCCAUGUGUUCAGACACAGACGGCUCCUACACAUGUUCAUGUAACCAGGGUUAUUUCGAUUCAACUGGUGGUCGUGCUAGUGAUGGGGAAUGCCAAGAUGUGGAUGAAUGUGAUCUCCAAGUGGACAUGUGUGAUGAAAAUUCCAUGUGUCAGAACAACGCUGGAAAUUACACGUGUAACUGUAACGAUGGUUAUAUGGCUGUGGAUUGGCUAUCAUGUACAGAUAUCCUGGAGUGCUCUCAGAAUUCCAAUCCAUGUAACACUGGUGCAUUUGAGGUUUGCAAGGAGCUUGAGGGUAGCUAUGAAUGCAUAUGCCAGCCUAGUACCUACAGAGUGAAUGGUGUAUGCUCAAUGACCACCACUCUGUUUUUGACGACAAGGUUUGUGGACAUCCAAGGUUUGAUUGUCCAAUACCAUUUUGAUACAAUUAACAAUGAAGCUGAUCGCCAGGGGCUUGCUAAUGAUACGAUGGCUCUCCUAAUGAAGUCAGAAACGUUCUCCAAUGUCCUUGAUGUUUCUAUUCAAUCACUGACUCUCCUUGAUGGCGGCAUGGUCGCUGAGGUCAUAUUCCGUGUCGAUAUCCCGUUCACAAACACAACCACCGAGAAUGAUCUUGCUAUGGACUUUGUAGCUGGUCUGACAGGUACCAAAAAGGACAUCCUUGAGCCUGACAACAGAGUGUAUGCCAAUACAAUUGAUGUUGAUCUGAAUGAGUGUGCAGACAUGACCAUAUGUCCAGAACUUUCAGUGUGCAUCAAUACGGUUGGCAGCUACUCAUGCAAGUGUGAACAAGGAUAUACUUUCCUUGAUAGCACCAAUCAGACGUGUGUAGAUCUGGAUGAAUGUGAAGCCAACGUAUGCAGCGAGUACUCCAAUUGUACAAAUAGCAUUGGGAGCUUUACAUGUGUUUGUAAUGAUGGAUUCACUGGUGAUGGUAUAAUUUGUGAUGAUAAUGAUGAAUGUCAAACGGUUGAUAUAUGUGGAAGCAAUACAGACUGUAAUAAUAUUCCUGGUAGCUAUGAAUGUUCAUGUGCUACUGGAUAUUAUGGUACACCUCCAUCAUGUCUAGACAUUGAUGAAUGCAGUGCAGACCAUACCAAUAAUUGUACCCAGAACUGUACCAAUAACCCUGGAUCAUAUGACUGUUCAUGUACGACUGGUUACGUGUUAGAUGGAGACGGAAUCACCUGCAAUGACAUUAAUGAAUGUGUAACAGCUAAUGAUUGUGGAGCUAAUUCAACGUGUAAUAACACAGUAGGUAGCUACGUAUGUACUUGUGAUGACGGGUUCUCAGGUUCACCUCCAGCAUCAUCGUGUCAAGACAUUAAUGAGUGUACAGAUCAGACUGAUCAGUGUUCUCAGAUUUGUAUCAAUGAAGUUGGAUCGUACAGUUGCAAGUGUAAUCCUGGUUUUGAUCUAGACAGUGAUGGAUUUACCUGCAAUGUUGCCCCUGGAAUGGAUUGCGAUCCAGCUGUAGAUCCUUGUACUGGAGGUGGUAUGUGUAUCAAUGCUUCUUCUCUCGUUAACUGUACCUGCCCAAGAGGGUUUGAUAACUUCAAUGACACCCAUUGCCAAGAUACGGAUGAGUGUACAGACAUGACAGACAACUGUGACAGUUCUCUUGGUACUUGUACCAACACACCGGGUAGCUACAACUGUUCCUGUAUAGACGGCUAUAUGCUUGAAGCAGAUGAAAGAACGUGCACAGAUAUCGAUGAGUGCAUGGAAAUGACAGAUAAUUGUGAUGACUCUGGCGGUGUGUGUACUAAUACACCAGGAAACUUCACCUGUUCAUGUUUAGAUGGGUACAGUCUUGGCUCAGAUCAACGAACAUGUACAGAUAUUAAUGAAUGCCUGAUGGCUAAUGAUUGUGGAGCUAAUUCAAUGUGUAAUAACACAGAAGGCAGCUACAUUUGUUCUUGUGACACCGGAUACUUGGGUAGUCCUCCUGCAUCUCCUUGUCUUGACAUUAAUGAAUGUGUAACAGCCAAUGACUGUGGAGGUAAUUCAAUGUGUAAUAACACAGAAGGUAGCUACCUAUGUACUUGUAAGAGUGGGUUCUCAGGUUCACCUCCAGCAUCAUCGUGUCAAGACAUUGAUGAAUGCGACGGUAGUAACCCAUGUACUAUGGCCAAUGAAGAGUGUAGCAACACAGUUGGAGGUUACCAAUGUGUUUGCGCUGCAGGUUUUGUGAGGACGGAUGAAUAUUGCCUGACUAAUGCCACCAUCUCUGGAUCCAUCACCAUCAAUCUUGUUAACAACCAAGUAAAAGCCUAUACAGAUUCUUUAGCAGACCCAACAUCACAGGAAUACAUGAACUUGACAAAUAUUGUCUGUUCUGCGUUGUUAAGUGAGGUCAACACAAUGGUUAACACAAGCACACCGUACCCAGUGGCAACAUGCGAGGUCACCAGCUUUGCUCCAGGCUCAUCACUCGAUGAAACAGUUGUGAAUUUUAUUCUGACUGUGUAUGGGGAGAGCACAGAAGAAGUAACCAAUAUCACUACAGAGAUCAUGACCAAUGGCUUCUCUGACUCUCCUAGAGUUUGGACCGAUGAGUUCGGCAAUACCAUUCAACUUAUAUCUCUAUUCUUUGAUGAUACGGAAGAGUGUGCUCUGCCAACAUCAUGUACUGGAGUAAAUGAAUUCUGUGUUGAAUUAGAUCCAGGUUUUGUAUGCAACUGCACGGAUACCGCUCUACGAUUCAUGGGAAUGUGUUUGUAUAAAGUGACAUUGACGGGAAGUUUCCGUUACAACCGUGUCAAUGGUCUACCUGUGACAUUCAGAAAUAGUUUAUCAGAUUCAUCUACAGAAGACUACACCAAUGAGACUAUCAUCACAUGCGGAGUGUUCACGGACCAAAUAACAGCAUGGGUAAAUGUCAGUGUGGCUUACGAGUACAUUGACUGUAUGAUCACUGGUUUUAGCCCGGGAAGCAUUAUUGUAGAUUUCAUCAUUGAUAUCUAUGGUACGAGUAUGAUGGAGGCCAUGAUGAGGGCUCAGAUUGCCAGUGAUAAUGGAUUCCAAGGUCAACCUAGUAACUGGACUGGAGCAUCCGAUGUCAUCUAUGUAGAAGACUUAUUAUUUGGGCAAUGCAAUUCAUCUACUCCUGUGUGUGGGGAUGCAGGGACAUGUCUCUAUAACACCUCUGCCAACAUGCCAUACUGCAGAUGCCCUCCAGGCUACAGUGGAGAUGUUUGUCAGAACAGUGUCUGUGAUGACUAUACAUGCUUGAAUGGAGGCACAUGCCUAGUUGAUACGAUAGGAGAUCCGUAUUGCCAAUGUCCUAGUGAGUACACAGGCACAUUUUGUGAAAAUCCAGUUACCUGUGUUGAAUUGGAUUGUCAGAACAACAGUACAUGUGAAGUAGAUGACAGUGGAAUAGCUUCCUGCAAUUGUCUUGAUGGGUAUGAAGGAGACACAUGUCAGAUAGAAUCAACGCCUGGACUGUCUACCGGUGUCAUCGUUGGUAUCGUGUUGGGAGUUGUUGGCUUUGUUCUUCUUGUUGUUGUCCUCUGCUUCUGCUGCCUGAUUCUCUUUGCUGCUCGCCGUCGACGACAACGCAAGCGAGAGCUUUUGGAGGGUGCGGACAACUGGGGUUACGGAGGUCGCCGUUAUGCCCCUGCAGUCGCAGCUCCAUCUGCCACCUCAGGGCCAUCGCGUGCUGUUGUUCGCAAUGACCCAGUAGAAUUCUCCAGCGAAUCCUCGGACAACUUCUACUACUACCAGAACACCAGAGGGAGACCUUACGGUGCAGCUGCUGGUUCUGCUCCUUCAGCUAGACCAAUUUAUACUGUAGAUGACGACGAUGAUGAUGAUACCAUUGAUAGCAGAUUCUCAGGCAUCAUUAGAAACAUGUGGAAUAUGCAUGCUGAUCAGCGACCAGAAGCAGCAUUUGACCCAAGAGAGCUUCCUUCAGCUAGUAACUUUAUGGCUGGUGGCAUACCUCGUGCCUCUGUACAACCAAGAAAUCUUUAUCCUGAAUACAACAAUUCUGGCUUUGAGAGACCGUAUGUCGCUGAUGGAACGGAGAGCUACCAAUACUCUGAGGAGACUGAGGAAUUCCGACCGUACCGUGGAAGAAAUAGAGACAAGUCACGAAGUGCUAUGGAAGCCUACAAUUACUUCUAAUCAAUCCAUGGUACCUGUGAAGCAUGUAGCAAUUUGUGAGUGAUUUUCACUGAUAAUUGUUUUAGCUACUGCUCUCCUCAUACCCGCUAAGCCGAAAGCAAAUUUGUCAUUGGAAAUCACCAUCAAGAUGCUUCAGGAGAUGAUUAGCUGACCGCAUGGCUGAAGCAGCUCAAAUCUUCCAGAAUGCUUUGCAGGUUAUACUACAUGAAGAUAGCUUUUUAUUUUUUUAUGUUGCCUCAUUGAAUUGAAAAUCAAAUAAUGUGUUUUAUAUUAUAAAAAUACAAUAUUCAAUUGGUUGAUUAUUUGUGUACAUCUUGUUUAUGACUUUAGAAUAUGAUGUAGAUAUGCAAAAUGUAUGCAAAUUUUUAACCUUAUAUGCCGUUUAAGUCAAAUUACUAUUGAAUUAUUAUUACUAGGAACAUUCUGCUGCUUUAUGUUGAUAUCCAAGUAGAUACUCACAUUGGAAUUAUCAAACACUAAUUAGGAAUCACCUUGGCUUGUUUAUUCAAUCUUUCUUGGUGCGAAUUUUACUUGAACAUGUAACUAUCAGGGUCAUUGAUACAGCUUUAAUUUCAUGUACAAGUAAAAUAAUGUUUUAAUUUGUCUACUUUGAUAUAGUACCUGCAAGAUAUAACAGUACUUUUUAAAAUUAAAUAUAUAUAUAUUUAUAUAUAUAUAUAUAUUAUUUUGUAUGAUGAAAAUUUGUUAUUAUAAAGACUGCAGUAAUAUGAUUUCCUUAAAUGUGUGUUCAUUGUAAUUUUUAUAUUAAACUGUUGUUUUCUUGUUCUCAGUGAAAUAAUGUACUAUCUCACAUGUCAUGAAAGUUUUUUCUCCCAAUGUGUGAGUAUCAUGCCAUUUUUAUUAUGGUUUAGAUUAACAUAGGGCUUAAAAUGAAUGAUCCUCAUCUCCAUUCUUUGCAUUUCAACGUAUGUAUUAUUUUUUAUGGACUGUUGUUAGUAAUUGAAAAUUCGUUAGUAGGCCUUAAUGCACUAUCUGCCAAGGAACUUGCUUAGUAUUAUAACAUCAUUGUCUGCUGUUCAUUCUAACAAAAAUUAACACCUUAUAAAGUAACAUAAAUCAAUGUUUUAGAAUUAACUUUUUAGUAUAUUGGUACGAGUAAAGUAUAUGUAAAUGAUUAUUAUAGGUAUAAAUAUAUUUACACAUAUUUCUUAUUUCAUUUUAAUUACAGGGUAUUCUUGUCUUUUCAUGAUUUAUUUCAUAUAAACAAAAAAUAUAAUCUAUGUAAAUAUAUCAUGGUAGUAUUUGAGAGAUUUUACAACUUUGCGGUUUUCUUCAUGGCUUCCAUAGUGAAAUAGGAAAUUAUACGUCUUCUUUCCUCUCACUAUGCAUAAAGUAUGUAAUAUGAUUUUAGCAAGAGUUCCGGUAGUCAGCUGCAUGUAAAAUAAUACCCACAAAAGAUCAUGUGUGUGAUAGUCAGUUUUCACAUAGCAUUUUAAAACAUGGAUAUAUUUAAGAGUAAUCUGAUUUGUCAUACCGCUGCUGGGGCCCGUUGCAGAAAAAAGUUGCAAUCCAUCGCAACUCUAAAAAUCAUGCGCAACUUGAUUUUCAACCAAUCAACAGCGCGCAUUUGGGACUUGCGUUUGAUUUUUUGACUUGCGUUUAAACGCAACUCUUUCUGCAACUGACCCCUGGUCAAUGAAGCAUGUGGGUAUAAUAGUAUAUCCUUGUAUAAUUGUAAGUCUGCAGUAGAAUUUAUUUUUGUUAUAUCAGGUUAAUAUAUCUGCACCCACCUUGAUAAAAGCAUAUUUCUGGAUAAAAAGAAUAUUAGCAUGAAACGUAUAUAUUUUUGUAUUGAAUAUCAAUUUAAUGAAAUAGCUAAAUGCUGGUGAUCUGUUUUGUUAUCAAUUUUAAUGCACAUUUAUUUAAAAAAAUUAUUAUUCAUGAGAAAGUACAAAGAUCUAGUCAUGGCAAAUGUUUUUCCUCCUGGGUUAUAUAAAUAAAGAUGAUUGCCAGUUGUGAUCUAGUAUGGUAUGUCUUGGAGUAUCUGUAGAAGACCCAUGAUCUAAUCCCAUAGUGUUUUGAUGAAAUAGAAUGGAUUAUCAAGUUUAUAUGUCAAAAUUAAUUAUUUUCUGUUUCAAUCAGCACACACUGACAAAGUGGAAUACAUGCUUUUAGACUACAAAGAUACAGAAAAUAUCUAAAUGAUAUAUUCUAUGUGGAGAGUGAUGUCAUUAUAUCAGGGGAAUGUUAUUUGGUAUCCCUUGGGUUAAUCACAUAUAAAUCUCUAUAUACAUGCAGUUGAAGUUAGAGGUUAAAAUCGUUUUGAAAAAUAUUGAAAAAAUAAAAGGUUAAUGUACACCUAAGCAUUUCUCAAAAAGUGUUCAUACCAAAAUUACUAUAAUAACAUCUUUAAGAGUAUCAUUGGUAUCAUGAUGAAUUUAUCAAACAAAAGUGUUUUUCAUUUUUUCUAAAUUCUGAACUAACAUUUGUGUUCACUUUCCUC